AUGGCUGCUACAAUUGCUGAACAACCAAUUCCCUCUCACAUGAGACCGGUUCCUGGGUCUUUCAAUAUCCCCGUGGCAAAGUUCCCUCCUGUGGUCAAGCCUGCAUCCACUACCAACCCGGGCGAGGCCGCCUCGAAGCUGGUGGAUACAUUUAAUCACGCCCUCGAAAAGAAGGACUUUACCACUAUCUCAAAUCUCUUCGUCGAAGGUGGCUACUGGCGCGACCACCUCGCACUUACGUGGGUCUUUCGCACUGCCUCGACUCCACCAGCCAUCCUUGACUUUCUUCAAGGCUCUUCACAGUCUAGAGAUGGCUUCCGUCUCAGGAAGAUAGCACUUGACACCAGCACCGCUGUUCGAGCCCCGAAGAUUACCCCGCUAGAUCCGGCGGGGGAAGUGUUGGGGAUACAGUUCUUUAUCACAGUAGAAACUGUCAUCGGCAGUGGCACUGGCCUUGUUAGCCUGGUGGAGCAAGAGGGCACGUGGAAGAUUUUCACGCUAUACACGAGGCUUGAGGAGCUCCGCGGUCACGAAGAAGCACUCAAUGGGCGACGGGUCCCAGGCGUGCAACAUGGAGGGAGACCCGGCCGGAAGAACUGGGCAGAGAGAAGGCAAGCAGAAUCCGACUUUUCUUCUUCAGACGAGCCAGCCGUCGUCAUUAUUGGCGGUGGCCAAGCCGGCCUCACGGCCGCCGCUCGCCUCAAGAUGCUCGGCGUUGAGACGCUCGUGGUCGACCAAAAUGAGCGCGUGGGCGAUAACUGGCGAAAGCGUUAUCACCAACUCGUCCUUCACGACCCCAUCUGGUACGACCACAUGCCGUAUCUGGAGUUCCCCGCGCAUUGGCCCAUUUUCACGCCCAAGGAUAAACUGGCCGAAUUCUUUGAGGCGUACACCAAGCUCCUCGAACUCAACGUGUGGACUCGCACAGAGCUCGUCCACACGCAUUGGGACGAAGCCGCGCAAUCGUGGAAGGUCAUUUUGAAUCGCAAGCGGGCGGAUGGGACCAGUGAGAUCCGCACGUUUCGACCCCGACAUAUCAUCCAGGCCACGGGCCACUCAGGCAAGAAAAACCAGCCGGUACUGAAAAACAUUGAGAACUUCACGGGCGACCGAAUUUGCCAUUCUUCGGAAUUUCCAGGCGCCCGGAAAGAUGCACAAGGCAAAAAGGCCGUCAUUGUGGGCUCUUGCAACUCCGCGAGCGAUAUUGCUCAGGACUACCUCGAAAAGGGCUACGACGUAACCAUGGUGCAGCGCUCAAGCACGCAUGUAGUGUCAUCCAAGGCCAUUACCGACAUCGCCUUCAAGGGUCUCUACGAAGAGAAUGGUCCACCCGUGGGCGACGCAGACAUUCUGCUUCACGGGUUGCCCACGCCCGUCCUCAAAGCCCGCCAAGUAGGCUUGACGAAGAAGACACGCGAGCACGACCAGGUAAUCCUCGACGGGCUGAAGCGUGCAGGCUUCAACGUCGAUAUGGGCCCAGAUGACGGCGGUCUUCUGAUCAAGUAUUUCCAGCGGGGUGGCGGAUAUUACAUCGACGUGGGAGCGUGCCAGCUCAUCGUCGACGGCAAGAUCAAGAUUAAGCAGGGACAGGAGAUCGAAGAAGUACUACCGCGGGGCCUGCGUUUCGCCGACGGUACUGAGAUUGAGGCAGACGAGAUCAUCCUAGCCACGGGCUACCAGAACAUGCGGACGCAGACGCGCCUAAUGUUUGGCGAUGCGGUGGCCGACAAGGUCAGCGACGUAUGGGGGUUCAACGAGGAGGGAGAGAUGCGAACAAUUUGGCAGAAGAGCGGACAUCCGGGCUUCUGGUUCCAUGGCGGAAACCUCGCAAUGUGUCGGUACUUUUCCAAGCCUCUGGCCUUGCAGAUCAAGGGUCUUGAGGAGGGAUUGUAUCAAUAUGGAGAGAUUUAG